CGUACUAUGUCAUUCUGCGUAAAAACCGGCGCGGUAUCCAUGGUGACAGACAACGCUUGGAUCGCUCUUCCUGGCCAAGUGCACAGAAGGAAACAGCGUAACACUUUUUAGUGAGAUAAUUGCCGUUUUGCUUCUUUCGUUUCAAGAAAAUUGGCCCAAUGGGAGAGAGAGAGUCUGUGGAGAGAGAGGAGAUGGGCCUACACAUUCCCUACUACCCUCUCCCAGAGGAAAUACAACAGAUGGAGAGGUCGGAGACUGUGUGUCAGUACUGCGGUGUGAGUUAUCUCAUCCUCCACGAGUUCCAGCUCCUCCAGGACAGGUUGGCCCAGGUGGAGAGAGAGCUCCAGAACCAGAGAGGGACCACAGAGAGAGAGAGAGCCAAGAGAGAGCUGCUGGAACUGGGCAGAGAGGAGUGGGAGAGGGCUCUGAGAGAAGAGAUCCAGAGAGGAGCCACGGAGAAAGAGAAUGUCCUGAGAGAAGAACAUGAAAAGAGGUUUGAAGAGAGGAGACUCCUAAAUGAGGAGAUAGAAAAAAGGAGUGAGGAGAGAUGGAGAGUCCUGAAAGAAAAACUCCAACAGUCCAGCACUCAUCUGGAGGAACAGAGGGAAGACCUACAUCAGCUGGAAGAGAGGCUGAACAGUGUGGGUUUGGAGCGAGACAUGACACAGGGCCUGCUGUGUAAAGAGAGAGAGCUCUGCCAACAGCUCAGGUAAGGAAAGGAUAGAACGAGAAUACAAGGAACCAAUACAGCUGCCAGGAGGCCUGUGGGCAGGCGGAAGAGAGGGAGGGCAGAGGAAAGAAAGAUAAAAACGAUAGAGGGAAAACAGAAACAAAAGAACAGGCUGCUUUAAUCUGAUUGGUUCUUGGCUACCCGACCAAUGGCACGACAGGAAGGCUGGGGCAGAUGGGAAAAAUCUGGGUGCCGGGAUGCAGGAAGGGAAAAAAAAGAGGGAGAGAAAAACAGGACAAUAAAGGACAAUAAAACUGUAGAGAAAAGGAAGAAGAGAAAAGGAAAUAUGAGGGAAAGAUAUGAGGAGAGGAGUGUUGUAAUUUCUGCCAUAGACUUUUGUUGAUGUCUUAAAGUCAGAUGUUAGAGUGCAACACUAUUAAUAACCAAGGCUGGCCUAGUAAAACACGCUGCAUUAACUAGUGUGUAUUGGAUAAUUCAGUCACACACACAAGCUCAAAUUCUCAGCCUCGUAACUGAUGACAGAUUUGGCUCAUAUCUGGUCCUCCAUUUCUGCCUGUCAGGCUACGAUUUGUGUAAUGUGACAUUAUAAAACAGCCUCUCGU